AUGACUCUGAAUCGUCGAGAUGAAAAGUCAAGCGGUGUAGAUACAUUUGAAAGCUUAUCAGAAGUUUUUCGUUGCUUUAUAUGUAUGGAGAGGCUUAACAAUGCACGUUUGUGCCCACAUUGCUCAAAACUUUGUUGUUAUAAAUGCAUAAGAAAAUGGAUCACGGAAACACGGUCUCAAUGUCCUCAUUGUCGUGCAUCACUACAUAUUUAUGAGCUGAUUAACUGCCGUUGGGCUGAUGAAGUUACCCAGCAGUUGGAUAAUCUACAGUCGCAAGCAACUUCAUCUAAGUCUAUUGGUCAGGGUGAUCAGUCAGGAUCCGCCAAUAGUGCAGCAGCCUCUAAUGUUGAUAUCUGUGAAUUGCACAAUGAACGUUUAUCUGUAUUUUGCUCAACGUGUGAUUUUUCGAUCUGUCAUCAAUGUGCAUUAUUUGAUAACAAGCAUGAACAACAUUCAUUUCGUCCAUUGGAUGAAGUCUAUAAUGAACAUGUUAAACAAAUCAAAGGUGAAAUGGAUCAAUUAAAGCACAGACACUUAGAAUUAAUAUCAUUAUUUCAAGAUGUUGAGAAAAAUGUACAAGCUGUUAAACAAGCUAAGGAAGAACGUGUUCGAGAAUUACGUAAUGCUGUGGAAUUAAUGGUGGCUCGUUUGGAUUCACAAUUAAAAGCAAAAUUAGUCACACUGAUGAUUCAGCGUAGUCGAUUAUUUCAGGAAAUAGAACUAUUAGAAACUCUUUUACAAGAUGUUCAAUCUGAAUUAGACGUUGCCACUCGAUCUGAAAUGAUAACACGAUCACCUGACAUUUUGGCAAUGUUCACUGAAGUACAUUGUAAACCGAUGGCUUCAUUUGUAAGUGCUCCAGUACCAGCUGAUUUUGUCAGCGAAAUUGUACCUCCAUAUGAAUCGAGCACAUUCAUCCUACAACCAUAUUCAAUAAUGAAACAACGCGCUGAUCCUGUCUACAGUCAACCGUUGCAUGUAAGCGGAUUGAGCUGGCGUCUUAAAGUCUAUCCAGAUGGUAAUGGUGUUGUACGUGGUAAUUAUCUUUCCGUAUUUUUGGAAUUAUCAGCCGGUUUACUAGAAGCAUCCAAAUAUGAAUAUCGUGUUGAAAUGGUUCAUCAGUUGUCCCGUGAUCCUAGUCGUAAUAUUGUGCGUGAAUUCGCUUCACACUUUGAAGUCGGUGAAUGUUGGGGCUAUAAUCGAUUCUUUCGUUUGGAUCUGUUAAUUAGUGAAGGUUAUUUGAACAGUGAAACAGACUCACUUGUAUUAAAAUUUCAGGUACGAGCGCCUACCUACUUCCAGAAGUGUCGAGAUCAAAACUGGCAUAUCUCACAACUUGAAGCACAUCAAGGUCAUUGUUAUGCCCAGUUAGCUGAAUUAAAAGAACGCCUGUCCAUUGAAGUUGCUAGGCAAGCGAAUAGUGUUGCGUCGAAUACGUCAACGUCGAUUGGUGCUGUUGUUCCUGAUUGUGGUAGUACUGCGUCGUGUGCAUCAAAUCCUACUAUGGUCUGUCGUGAAUCUAGCCAAUCAACGAAUUCAUUGACAGUGAAAACGCCAACAACACCUAGUUUAUUGAAUAAUCCUACUACAAGUAUGCCUAUAACUGUGCCAGUCACUUCUCAGUCAUCUGCUCGAACCUCUUCAAUUAAAGAGGAAGGUGACAAUGAAUGUAACACAAAAAUGGAAAAUCCUGUGACUACUACUACUACUACUUCUACUUCUAUUCAACAUAAUGCUGAUGAUAAUAAUAACAGUAAUACAACUGAGCCUAUGAAUACAAUAAUAUCUCUAUGGCAAGAUGCACAGAAUAUUCCUGUUUCAGUUAUUCCAAGAACUCCGACAUCAAUAUCAUCGGCUAAUCAGACGGAAAAUAUUAUCAAUGAAGGUGUUGAAGAUAAUUUGACUACUAGAGCUGGUGAAUCUGCAAGUGGAUUUAAUUCACAGCCACAAACUGCUCUACAAUUGUCCAAUUCUACUACACAAUUAUCUAUUGCUGUCUCUGAACCAAUAUUAAACUUUCUUCUUACUACACAUCAACCGAUGAAUUCGUCAGUUCUGUCAAGUCUAGAUGUAAGUCAGUUAACCGCUUCAUAUAAUAGUGAAGAUGCAUUAUCUCCAAAUUCAUCAAGAUAUUUGAACACAACGCAUGAACAAUCAGUGCUUAGUUGUAGUCGAAAUACUCAACGACAAGCAGAUGUUGAUAUUGGAUCGGUACAUUUCAGUGAAGCAGUAUCAUAUGGCGAUGAAGCUGAUGUAGAAGAAGAAGAAGAAGAGGAAGAAAUAGUCGAGGAGGAUGAGGAUGAUGACGGAGGAGAAGAAGAAGAAAUCGGAGAAGGAGAAGAAGACGAUGAUGUCGAUGUCGAUGUUGAUUCAAAUGAUGCUGAUGAAGAGGUGAUAGCACGUAAUACAAUCGGAGAUGAUGAUUAUGAUGAUCGUGUUAGUGGUGGUGGUUGCGGUGGUGUGGAAGACAAUAAUCUAACACAUCAAAAUUCACUACCGAAAUUUCGUUUAUUUUCAGAGUCCAGUGAUGCGGAGAAUAGUUUAAUUGGUGAUUUCAGUGAUGGGGAACAACACACUAGACACCGAGAUGAAGUUCACGAUUAUGAUAUGAUAUCACAGACAACAUCAGAGAUGCUUUCUGAUCAUGAAAGUUUACGUUCAAGUAUUGAUUAUAAUCUAGUGUUAUUAAAGCAACAAUUAAGACAGCGUAAAACUACCAACCCGGUGAAUACUACAGAUUCUAUUAGGACAUGUGAAAAUAAUAAUAAUAAUUAUCAUAAUAGGAAACUGAUUAACUCAACUGUACAGAUGACAAACUAUGAAAACAACUUCAAUAAUACAGACAAUAUCCUUGACUCCGAGGCUGGUGGUGGUGAUCUAGCCUGUGAUUAUGAAUAUCAUUCGACUAGAAAUGCUUUAGAAGAAUUAUUGAAACUGCCUGAUCCUCGACCUAGUUCGUCUACUACUAGUCGUGUCAAUGAAUUAAUAUUGAACAGGAAUACCACCUCUAGUAACAGCUGUGCUAGUAGCAGUAAUACUGGUAAUAGUAAUAGUAAUAACAAUAAUAAACAAAAAUCAAGUCAACUUUCACGUCACCCGCUAUGGUUUAAACUUUCCUCCUCGUCUAAUGUCACUAAUCAUAUUAAUACUACUACUAAUAAUAAUAAGUCUCGCUUACAACUGAUGAAUCAACAAGCCUCAACAAGUCGGUCUAAUCAAAACUCAAGUUUUAUUGAAGAAAGAUUUAAACAAUUGAAAUGUCAGUCUUUAGAACAACAGAAAGCCUUGCCAACUGUUAUACCGAAUGUAGACGAUAUACAGUACUGUAGUCGUACAUCUGAUCAAGAGUGUUCAGCAGCCAGAUCAUUUGUUGUUAGUGAAUGUUUAAAUAACAAGUUUAUUAAAGCGUUAUCAGAGUCACAUGAAUCGCCACAGGCGUCGAAUUACCAGUCUGGAUUAAAUAGUGAGUCGCGUUGGGGAAGAAGAAGAAUAUCCAGAGACUCAAAUGCUUGCAGUGACACUACUUUGAUGUGUCCUAAACUAUGCGCCUCAUCGUCUUCAUCACGGUCGUCAUCACAAGACGAGACAAUAUCACUACGGCGUUUACCGAAAGAUAAAAGUUUUAAACUUCUAUACGGUGUCCGUAUACCUGAAUUGGAAAAUAAACACCAACACGAACACCAACAACUACAGCAACAGCAGCAGAAAAAACAACAGUGUAACAGUCCAAGACAACUCGCUCAUUGUCAUAAAGAAGACGGUGUUAGUUCUGGUUAUCCCUUAACACUGUUAACAACUGGUCCAGUCGCGUCAACAUCAUCAUCAUGUAAUCUUAGAAAAGAAUUGUUGAAUGGGGCUAAUCUUCCAGUGGUUUGUAAUAAGGAUAUAUCUUGGCAUAGACCUUUGCAAAAUACUAAUUCUGGUCCUUCAACUCGUGUAAAUUUAAAUAACCAUUCUGAUGGAUCAUCACUGUCAACAACUAAGACGACCAUAGCACCAGCAUCAUCAUCAUCAUCUGCGUUGGUACCAACGUUGAAAUGUUCAAAUCAUUUCGCAUCAGUCAAAGAUUCAGUGGAACCGUUGGCAACACCAUCAACACAAAACAUGAAAAAUACAGCGCAAAGUUUAGAAAAUGAUAUUGAUGAGGAAACAAUGACAGGUGAUCGUGACAUAGGUGAACAUGUGUUGAGUAAUCGUCGUUUGUGGGAAGAUCCAAAUCUUACUAUUACAACCAACAUGAAUAGUACUGCUGCUACUACUAAUACUAAUACUAUCACUGCAAAUAGCAAAUCAACCAGUUCUUCGUUAUUGUCUAAUCUUGACAAUAGAACACUUAAUCAAUCUAAACUUUUAUCUGUCUCACCACGUUCACUGUCAACGGGAUCUAGCACAAAAAUGAACGAAUCAAGUGUUAAUAAUACUAAUAAUAAAUAA